UCACGUCCGCCGUGCCGCAGAGCAUGCCGGUCAGGUCGCUGAGGAGACUAUUCCAGGAUAGAUCAGCCCCUCCCCGCCCGGAAAUGCAAUGGUUGGUCCCUAAUUUGCAUGCAGGAAGUGGCCGCCCCACCAUGAUGGAGAGCUUCAAGAUGGCGGCGCCACUCGCACAGAUAGACGACGAGUGGCUCGACUUCACCUCGCCUUCAGACGUCGUCAACUCCAACGACACCACCAAUUCGCGCGCAGACGACAACCAGGACGUGGACAAUGUGGAUAACUGCGGUUUCGGGGUCGUCAGUUUCAAAUCCAUGGAGGACUUGGUGCACGAAUUCGACGAAACGCUGAACAUUUGUUUUCGGAACUACAACGCGAAGACGGACUCUAUAGCGCCGGUGAAGGUGCUGUCACAAGAAGAAAUUAUGGAGAACUCCGAGAUGAGCUCCUUUGGCGUCCAUAACGUAUUGUGGCAGGGUCUGACGGACAACUUUGCCAACGUGUUGCCGGUGGACUGGAACUCCUCCUACACCAGGCAGCUCUACAACAAAGCCUUGAACCUCAAUGAACAAAAGAGAGAGGAGCCGAUGAACCUUGACCUGUCUGAUGAUGAGGAGCUACGAGAGUCGUUUGAUGCCCACUCCCUCAUCAUCUCCAGCCUCACGCAGGAACCCAUCUUCACUGCAGAGGAGGUCAUCGAGGAGAUAGAUGAGAUCAUGGGAGAAACAUCUAUGGAGGAGGAGACCCCUGUGAGUGAGGACAGUCUGUCUGUUCUGUCCCAGGAGAUGCUGGCCCUCAGGGAGAGGUCCAACACUGUCACCAGCUACGAUGAGAGACCGCCAGGCCUGAAGAAGCUGCCUCUCCAGACGCUGAACGAGGUUCUUGAGGAGCUGGAGGCGACGAUUAAGGAGUACUCGGAGAUCCUGAUCCAGCAGCUGGCUCUCAGGGAUGAGCUGGUGUACGAGAAGGAGUUGAAGCUAUGA